CAACGUGGGAAGGGGAGGGCAAAAGGAAGGAAAAAACCACACACACCACACAACUUUGAUGAGAAAUCUAUAAAAGCCGAGUGUUCCCAAACAUUCGUCCUAUUUGGCAGCUGCUGCCUCAGCCACGGCUUCUGAUCUCUAAGAGGACACUCUGCUCCCAAAUUACCUGUCACCAUGGCCCACAAAUUCCCAGCCCUCACCGCGGACCAGAAGAAGGAGCUCUCAGAAAUUGCCCAGCGCAUCGUUGCCAAUGGGAAGGGGAUCCUGGCUGCCGAUGAGUCUGUAGGUACCAUGGGAAACCGCCUGCAGAGGAUCAACGUGGAGAACACGGAAGAGAACCGACGGCAGUUCCGGGAGAUCCUCUUCACCGUGGACAACUCUGUCAGCCAGAGCAUCGGGGGCGUGAUCCUGUUCCAUGAGACCCUCUACCAGAAGGACAGCCAGGGAAAGCUGUUCAGAGACAUCCUUAAGGAAAAGGGCAUCGUGGUGGGGAUCAAGUUGGACCAAGGAACUGCUCCACUUGCAGGAACAAACAAAGAAACCACCAUUCAAGGGCUCGAUGGCCUUUCUCAGCGCUGUGCUCAGUACAAGAAAGAUGGUGUUGACUUUGGGAAGUGGCGUGCUGUGCUGAGGAUUGACAACCAGUGUCCAUCCGCCCUUGCUAUCCAGGAAAAUGCCAACGCCCUGGCUCGCUAUGCCAGCAUCUGUCAGCAGAACGGGCUGGUACCUAUUGUUGAACCAGAGGUAAUUCCUGAUGGAGACCAUGACAUGGAACACUGCCUAUACGUUACUGAGAAGGUCCUGGCUGCUGUGUACAAGGCCCUGAAUGACCAUCAUGUGUACCUGGAGGGCACGCUGCUGAAGCCCAACAUGGUGACUGCUGGGCAUGCCUGCACCAAGAAGUAUACUCCAGAGCAAGUAGCCAUGGCCACUGUCACCGCUCUCCACCGUACCGUUCCUGCUGCUGUGCCUGGCAUCUGCUUUCUGUCUGGGGGCAUGAGUGAAGAGGAUGCUACCCUCAACCUUAAUGCUAUCAACCUUUGCCCUCUACCUAAACCCUGGAAACUAAGUUUCUCUUAUGGACGGGCCCUGCAGGCCAGUGCACUGGCUGCUUGGAGUGGCAAGGCUGCAAACAAGAAGGCGACACAGGAGGCUUUCAUGAAGCGGGCUGUGGCUAACUGCCAGGCGGCCAAAGGCAAGUAUACUUCCACAGGUUCUUCUGGUGCUGCGUCCACCCAGUCGCUCUUCACAGCCAACUAUACCUACUAGAAACAGCUCCAGCUCUUUGAGGUGUCUUGGGAAGAGGGCUGAAAGUGAACAACUUCCUUUUGACUGACCCUGGAAAUCAGACCAAAUUAGAUUGAAGUACUGGAAACACAAUACAUGUUAAAUUCUUUGACACAAGGAAAAAAAAAUCAGUUAUUGAAACUUAAGUCUGAAUAUCAAGGAUUUGAUGAAAUUUCACACAGCAGUUUCCUUGCCCAUGACCCAGAGUCUCACCUACGAAAAGAAUAGACUUUAAAACGACAUCUGCUCUCCAUCCAAAUAACAACCACUGAAUGAAAUAUCUCAGAAGCUAAGGGCAGAGAAGUGCAUCUUAUUAAAUGAUCUUAGGUUAUGAAGGAGACAGCUGCAACAAAAAGGAAAUAAAAUAAGCUAUAAACCUUCA